CUAUAUGUCAACCUUCACCUCCACCUAUAUGUCAACCUUCACCUCCACAUAUACGUAAACCUUCACCUCCACCUAUACGUAAACCUUCACCUCCACCUAUACGUCAACCUUCACCUCCACAUAUACGUAAACCUUCACCUCCACCUAUACGUAAACCUUCACCUCCACCUAUAUGUCAACCUUCACCUCCACCUAUAUGUCAACCUUCACCUCCACAUAUACGUAAACCUUCACCUCCACCUAUAUGUCAACCUUCACCUCCACCUUCACCUCCCAAACUCGGUAAAACAAUUAAAAAUUUCUUUCAGUCAUUCAAUAGAAGUUGUUGGGAGCAAAUAAACAGAAAGGAAAACUGGUUCCUACUUUCAAGCUUUGAGAAUUCACAGGGUUUUAGUUUAAAGCAGCAUUUCUAAUAGAGUGCAUGCAGUAGAUAAUUAGUAUAUUUCACAGUUUUGCAGACCUACAAAAAAGUUAUCACAGAAAUUGGGCUCAGAACUCAGAUGUAACUAGAUGUGUAAGGUACUCGCACUUUCUACAGGGGUAGGUCUCAGUUAGAUGUGAUUCUGUCCCAUUUUCAUUCUGUAAUACUGCAAUACAAGUCCAGCAGCACUGUCUGAUACACUGAAAAAAAAAAAAAAAACUAGAUUGAAUUACUGCUGCGUUAUUCUAACAUGCAUGUUUUUAGCUGCCUAAAUUCAAUACAGUAGUUAUAAUUCCCAUCAGUGCCAACAUCAUUCUGAGAUUUUACAGUAUACUCAAUUUACAUUAAGAUAAGUUUGAAAUAAUGGAUAAAAUACAGCUAGUUGUGGGGGUUGCUGGUUACAAUGUGCUGAAAAAUACGGGUCUGAGUUUCUACAUUUAUUACAAGAAACCUUUUCAUAAUCCCAGGAUGCAGCUCUGUAUUGGAGUCUAGGAUUGGUUCCUCAAAGCUGGACUCACUAAAACACCACUUAGCAGAAACACAGGCAGAACUUUCACCCUUGCAAUUCAGUGGUUUACAUAUUAAGCAUGGCUUCUUGUGGAUGUGGAUCUUCAAUCGCCUCCAUGUCUUCAUUAGACAUGCACAAAUUCCCCUCAUGCGGACUGCUAUAGUUUCCUGUAAUUAAUUUAGAAUCAGUUGAAUAAGUGAUUAUUCAACUGUGACAAAAGACAACUUCAUCAGGUACCGAAGGGCCACUCACAACAAUAACUUAAAAAGUAUGCAUGUACUUAUAGACCAUUCAUGACACUAAUUUAAAUGUUAAACAGCCAUUUUAAGGGCUUAUUUUUUGUUUGGUAUUCGUGAAUUUAGCAAACCAAGACCAAAAGAGAUUUAACCAAAAAGCAUACAAAGUUUAAUCAGAAUCUGCCGUAGGACCCAUAUUUAAUUUAUAAAUUAUGACCUAACUACAUAUUACAUCAUAAUACUUCAUUAUUAUAUAACUAUAACAUGGUCAGUUUUAGGAAAGUUACUUUAAAAUAGUAAUUAAUUACUAGCUACCAAUUACAUAGUACUUAAUGUAUUAUCUACCCUGUCUAAAAAGCAUUACCAUACUUAUUACUAAUUAUUAUUAUAAUUACAUCAUUAGGUGGACAAUACAAGUAUAGACAUGAAUCUGCACGUUUAAUUGUUUCAAAUAAUAUACAAUUGCAUAAAUUCUUCUUGGACUGAUCAGAGUAUUUGAAGAUAGAAGAAUAAAGAUAUUAAAACACAUUAAAUCAACAACAAAUUUACAUAGAAUUGUUCUAUAGUUUAUACACUAUAAAAAUGAAAGACUUAGCCAACAGGAUGUCAUCUUCCCAGUCCACGUGUCUCACUUUGAUUUGCAGUGCAACAGGUUUUUCACCACAUGGACCGUGUUCUAAAUCUUUGUCAAAGCUUCAAUCGCUUUCAAUCAAGUUUCAAUCACCACAGUGCUGUCAUCUGUUAAAGUCGUGCUUCAAACUCCACUGCAUGAAAACUUUCUUUUGUGCUCAUAAUACAUAUUGUGCUCAUAACUUUGUUGCAGUGCUCCCAGAAACGCCAUGCUCUUUUCCACGUUUUAGCGAUCGCAGAUUGUCUUUCCAUUUUGCCAUAAAAGUAAAAUCAUGUAUUUUUCAAAUUAAUACAAACCCACAUGGCUCUGUUAGCAAACACAGAUAGCAAAUUAUAAGAAACACGGUUCACUCAAUGCCCUCCUCUCAUUUGCUGUGGGGCAAUGACUUCACAAGAAUCCAACUAAUAAUAUUUGCAGGUCUUUCAAAUGCAUGAUACAGAGCAGAACUGGCUUGUAUGAGGAAGCAUAUAAAGUAUUUUUCACACAUAGAUAGUUAGUAAAUGGUGUUCAAGAAUUAUUUGCAGUUGCAUGCAGAAGAAAUCUGAGUUUUUCUACUCCACUGGGUAAAGUAGACCAACAAGCCACAGCAUGUCCUGUCAGCACAAUGAUUGCAGGUCAGAAUGCUUUAGCAUGGGAGCUCACUACAAAGCUGGAAGCCAUUUUCCAGCAUCUCAAGUCACUCGAAAGAAAAGUGGAGAUAACAGAACAGAGGGGGACACAGGAAGAACUGCCAAAUAAACCAAAAAGGGCACAUAAUGUGACCAUUGCGGUAAGUUGACCAUUGUUUAAUCGUGUUUUAAAACAUUAGGGCUACUACUCUUUCAUGUUCUUCUCAUGUGUAUUGUUACUCUCCUUUGUUUGACCUGAAUAGUCUCGUCUUAAAAAGGUCAAAAAAUCAAUUUAUGCUCAUAUUAAACAUUUUAUAUAUAGCAUUCAUGUGAAUCCCUUUUAUUUACAUUAUUAUUUACAUUUACAUAAUUUUUCAAAACAAGAGAAGUUGGUGAAAUCCAUUAAAACUUUUCCAAUUUCACCUUUUACAGGAAGCAGUACGACUUCUGCAUAAUGUAGAAAACAAUCCACACAGAUAUGAUUCACAAACUGGGGUAAAUUCCCCCUAAAAUCAAAUGGUGACCUCACAUCUUCUGAAGGAGUCGUGUCAUCCUGCAAGACAUAUUAUGAAGGAAAUAUUCAAUGGACCAACCUGACAAAACAGAGCUGAGGGAGUCAGUUAAAGCUUUGGCCAAAAACAAAGAAAGAAAGAAGUAAGAUUGCUGGAGUCCAGGUGAAAGGUCUUCCAGACAGAUGUAGAACGACGCCUCUGGAACUUAGCAACAAUUGAUUUGACACACAGAAGCCCACAACUUUCAGCUUUGUGCCAGAAGCUACAGAAAAGACUGGAAGCAGACCCACACUAUGUUGCCACCCAUCACUUCCCUGUGACAUGGCUGACACAGAUUCAGACAAAAUUUGAUCAACCAUGGAGAAAAAUGCCUUGGGGAAAAAAGGAACAAAUCGAACAGAAACUGAGGAGUUUCAGGAUCAAGGGAUCAAGUGGUUCGUCAAGAUUCUGGUUGUUGGUGAAGUCGGAGCAGGAAAGUCCAGUUUUAUAAACUCUGUUAAUAAUGCUUUCCAAGGACGAAUUACCUCAGGGGCUCUUGUUGAUGGGACAGGUGGAACCAGUUUCACAAAAAAGUACAAAACUCAUUAUAUUGAAGCAGAAGAUGGAUCCCAUUUGCCUUUUGUCUUUAAUGAUAUCAUGGGACUUGAAUCAGACAAAGAAUCUGGUGCCAAAGCAGAGGACAUCAUUAAAGCCAUAAACGGGUCUCUUCAGGAAGGAUUCAAUUUUAAGGGUACAUCCCCCAACUCUGAGAUGGACCUUGGCUACAGAAGCAACCCAAGUGUUGAGGAUAAAACCUACUGCCUGGUCAACAUUAUUGCUGCAGACAAAAUGUCAUUAUUGGAUAAUGGGGUCAUUGAUAAGAUGAAAAAAAUCCGUCAGGCAGCUACACAUCUAAACAUGCCUCAAGUAAUCAUCAUGACAAGAGCAGAUUUAGCAUGCCCACUAGUUCAACAGGACAUAAGGAAGAUCUACAGCAGCAAGAAGAUCAAAGAGAAGAUGGAAGUGUGUAGUAAUCUGCUGGGGAUUCCCAUGAAUUACAUAUUCCCUGUGAAGAACUACCAUGAGGAGAUACAGUAUGUCAACUACAAACCUAGUGCAGAGCUUUGGCACAUGGAUGUUACUCUGUCGCCAUCUUGGCUCCCUGGCCGGGAAGAGUGUGUGGCCUCCGCUGAAUGUUUUUAUUACCUUCUUAUGCACAUGUACAUACACUAUAUUGCCAAAGGUUUUGGGACAUCUGCCUUUACAAGCACAUGAACUUUCCAUGAAAUAACAUCCCAUUCUUAAUCCCCAUUCUUAAUCUGUAGGCUUUAAAAUGAUAUUAAUAUGAAGUUUUUGAUUUGUGAGGUCAGGCACUGUUGGAUGAGAAGGUCUGGCUCACAGUCUCCACUCUAAUUCAUCCUAAAGGUGUUCUAUGGGGUUGAGGUCAGGACUCUGUGCAGGCCAGUCAAGUUCCUCUACACCAAACUCACUCAUCCAUGUCUUUAUGGACCUUGUUUGUGCACUGGUGUGCAGUGCUGUUGGAACAGGAAGGGGUCAUCCCCAAACUGUUCCCACGAAGUUGGAAGAAUGAAAUCGUCUUGGUAUGCUGAAGCAUUAAGAGUUCCUUUCACUGGAAGUAAGGGGCCGAGCCCAACCCCUGAAAAACAACCCCACACCAUAAUCCCCUCUCCGCCAAACAUUACUCUUGUGACAGUGCAGUCAGGCAAGUAGCAUUCUCCUAGCAACUGCCAAACCCUUAUGCCAGACAGAGAAGCAUGAUUAGUCACACCAGAAAGUCCAGUGGCAGUGUGCUUUACACCACUGCAUCUGACACUUUGCAUUGCACUUGAUGAUGUAAGGCUUGAAUGCAGGCCAUGAAAACCCACCUCGCAACUUCCAGGAUUUAUAUGAUCUGCUGCAAACAUCUAGGUGCCAAAUACCACACCACACCUUCAGAGAUCUAGUGGAGUCCAUGUCUUGACAGGUCAGGCUGUGUUGGCAGCAAAAGGUGGACAUAAUGUUAUGGCUGAUCAGUCUAUAUAUACACACAUGUGUGUGUAUAUACUGUAUACAGUGUAUAUAUAUAUACAGGGGUUGGACAAUGAAACUGAAACGCCUGGUUUUUCAAGAUUCAAGAAGCUUUAUUGUCAUUUCAACCACAUAUAUCUGACGCAGUACAUAGUGAAAUGAAACAACGUUUCUCCAGGACCUGGUGCUACAGAAACAUACAACAACAAAGUUCAACAUAAAAACAACACCACAGAGCUGAACAGCAGAUUGUCAUUAGCCACGUAAAGUGCACAGUGUGCAGCUAGGUGCAAACAGAGCAUAGACAAGACAGUGCAAAAAAGACAAUAAAUACAAUAAAGACAACACAAAAGAACACAGGACACUUAGCGCCGAAAAGAAAGAAAAGAACAUGUGUAUUGGAAUGUAAGUGAAAUAAGAUAAGAUAAAGUGAAAUGAUGUAAAAAAAAGUAUUGUGCAAAAAAAAUUGUGCAAAAAUACACAGCAGCAGUUGAGGUUGUGCAAAUAGAAUAAACAUAAAUAUAACUAUAGCAGCGGAUGACAGGUUGAGGUAGUGCAAUAAGUAUGAACAAUAUAAAUUAUGUGUGUGUGUGUUCACACAGUCAAGAGAGAGUGUGUGUGUAUGUGUGUGUGAGAGAGACAGAGAGUUGAUAUACAGUUCAGUCCUGUGUGUGUGUGUAUGUGUGUGUGUGUGUGUGUGUGUGUGUGAGAGAGUGUAGAACAGUUCAGUCCCGGGUGUUGAGGAGCCUGAUGGCUUGAGGAAAGAAAUUGUUACACAGUCUGGUUGUGAGGGCCCGAAUGCUCCGGUACCUCUUUCCAGAUGGCAGGAGGGUGAAGAGUGUGUGUGAGGGGUGUGUGGGGUCAGCCACAAUGCUGUUGGCUUUGCGGAUGCAGCAUGCGGUGUAAAUGUCUGUGAUACAGGGGAGAGAGACUCCGAUGAUCUUUUCAGCUGUCCUCACUAUCCGUGGAAGGGUCUUGCGAUCCGAGGCGGUGCAGUUCCCAAACCAGGCAGUGAUGCAGCUGCUCAGGAUGCUUUCGAUGGUCCCUCUGUAGAACACAGUCAGGAUGGGGGAAGGGAGAUGGGCUUUCCUCAGCCUCCUCAGGAAGUAGAGGCACUGCUGGGCUUUCUUGGUGAUGGACCUGGUGUUGAGUGACCAGAUGAAGUUCUCCGCCAGAUGGACACCAAGGAAUUUGGUGCUCUUGACGAUCUCCACCGAGGAUCCGUCGAUGGACAGCAGAGAGUGGUCACUCUGUGCUCUCCUGAAGUCAACAACCAUCUCUUUGGUCUUGUCAACGUUCAGGGAGAGGUUGUUGGCUCUGCACCAGGCUGUUAGAUGUUGCACCUCCUCUCUGUAUGCUGACUCGUCGUUCUUGCUGAUGAGACCCACAACGGUCGUGUCAUCAGCAAACUUGACAAUGUGGUUGGAGCUGUGCAUUGUCGUGAGUCAGCAAAGUGAACAGCAAUGUACUGAGCACACAGCCCUGAGGAGCUCCAGUGUUCAGUGUGGUGGUGCUGGAGAUACUGUUCCUGAUCUGGACUGACUGAGGUCUCCCAGUCAGGAAAUCCAGGCUCCAGUUGCAGAGAGAGGUGUUCAGGCCCAGGAGACUCAGCUUCUCAAUCAGCUGCUGAGGGAUGAUUGUGUUGAAUGCUGAACUGAAAUCUAUGAACAGCAUUCGAACGUAGGAGUCUUUACAGUCCAGGUGUGUGAGGGCCAGAUGGAGGGUUGUGGUGAUGGCAUCGUCCGUGGAGCGGUUAGGACGAUACGCAAACUGCAAGGGGUCCAGCGAGGGUGGUAGCUGUAACUUGAUGUGCCUCAUGACGAGCCUCUCGAAGCAUUUCAUCACGAUUGGUGUGAGUGCGACGGGACGGUAGUCAUUGAGGCCGGAAACCAUAGACUUGUUUGGCACAUGGACGAUGGUCGUUGUCUUGAGGCACGUAGGGAUGAUGGAGCUGCUCAGCGAGAUGUUGAAGAUGUCAGUGAAGACAUCUGCUAGCUGCUCUGCACACUCCCUGAGAACUUUGCCAGGAAUUUUGUCUGGUCCAGCAGACUUCCGUGGGUUAACUCUGCAUAGAGUUCUCCUCACGUCAGCCGUGGUGAGACAGAGCACUGGGUCAUUAGGAGGAGGGAUGGUCUUCCUCACUGUUGUGUUGUUCUGUGCCUCAAACCGAGUGUAGAAGUCGUUCAGAGCAUCUGGAAGGGAGGCAUCACUGUCACAGGAAGGUGAAGU